CAAUAAAUCCAAUAAUAACACGGUUUCCACUGUGAACUAAGCUAAGCCCCUCUCCUCUUCUUCUUCUUCGUUUUCUUCUUCUUCUUCUUCUUCUUGUUGCUUUGGGAGGUGUAGCCAUGGGUGGCCACUCAUGCUUUGAGGAGUACAAACCUGGAGUGGCAAUGGUGGCCGUGCAGUGCAUCUACGCGGCCAUGUCGCUCUCGGCAAAGGCCGCGUUUACGGAGGGGAUGACCCCCAUGGUGUUUGUGGUCUAUAGGCAAGCCAUUGCCACCCUAGUAUUGCUUCCUGCAACCAUCCUCACAAAAGGGGGAAGGCUAAGUGACAUGGCAGUAGGAACGAGGGGAUUUGCUUUGGUGUUUGUGACCUCCCUUAUUGGUGGCACACUCAAUCAAUUCUUAUACUAUCAAGGAUUACAUUUGGCCUCUUCAUCAGUAGCAACUGCUAUGGUCAAUCUCACACCAGCUGUCACUUUUGUUAUGGCUGCUUCUGUUGGAUUAGAGAAAGUGAAUCUGAGAAGCUUGAGAAGCAUGGCUAAGGUGAUUGGGACUAUUAUUUGUGUCGGUGGAGCUAUUUCGAUGGCGUUUUUUAAAGGUCCAAAGCUUCUAAAUGCGGAUUAUCACAAGCUAAUCACACUUCUACACUCGGUGACCGACAAAUGGAUCGCAGGCGCGCUAUUUCUCAUUGGCAGCAGUUUUUGCUGGUCACUUUGGCUCAUCUUGCAGGUGCCACUUUGCAAAUCGUAUCUCGACCCGUUAUCGCUGUCGGCGUGGAUGUGCCUCUUAUCAACUUUUCAGUCAGGUAUACUCACAUUCUUCCUGUUACCGGAUUUGAGUGCUUGGAGAAUUACUUCUCUUAUCGAACUCUUCGCUUGCAUAUUCGCGGGUAUAUUUGGAUCAUGUGUUACCUACUGUCUCCAAACUUGGUGUGUAUCAAAAAGGGGGCCUUUGUAUUCUGCAAUGUUUAAUCCCCUUUGCACUGUAAUUACUACGGUUUCGGCUUUCUUUGUGCUUCAUGAAGAACUUCACAUUGGAAGCUUGAUCGGAGCUAUUGCGGUUGUCGGAGGGUUGUAUGUAGUGUUAUGGGGCAAAGCUGAGGAUCUGAACAAGAUUAAGCCAAUUCCUAGCGACGGUCGGACGAAGAUCGCAAUCAUUGUAGAUGCGCGACAUGUCAGUGGCGAGAGUGCUGUCAGAGAACCCCUCAUUGCAGAAAAAGCGCAGGUUGAAAGUUAGAUGAAAAAUGUGUAUGCAUGAGUUCAAUUUCUGUUCUUUAUUUAUUUUGGGCUGUAAUAACAUGAAAGGUCUCUCAUACUAUUCGCGAAUUUCAAUCUCUUCUUUGCCUUUAAAUUAAAAAA